AUGGGCGACGAUGAUGAAGAACCAACAAGCAGCAGUACUGCUCAGGAAUCCGAUGAUUCAUCUGAAGGUGACACUACCCCAGUGACCAAGAAAACUCGCAAAUCAACCAAAUCAAAAAAGAGUGAUAGUGACAAAAGUGAUAGUGACAAUAGUGAUAGUGAAAAGAUUGAUAAUACAAAUAGUGAUACUAAUAGUGAUCCUACUAUUAGAAAAAAGAUUACUCGCCCACGUAUCAAUCCUACUGCUCAAAUUCCACCCACAUUUGAACCCCUUGAUGUGUCGGAUAUCAAUGAGAGCCAAUUCACUAAACUCAAAGGAUUACUCAAUGACAACAAAGUUUUGGGAGACUCUACAUUCAACUCUUCAAGAUGUGAGGUAUAUCCAGACAAUUCUUUUUACAAAACACCUUCUUCCAUCAAACCUCAACACGUAGCAUUCAUGGCUCACCGUGGAAGAUUGGAAACAGGAUUGAUUCCCAAAACCAAAUCGCCAGACAACAUGUGCAUCUCCAAAUUAUGUUGUACCGCUGGUUGCAUCAACAAAGACCAUAUUCUCUCAGAAACACACAAGAUCUCUAAAUCUAGAGGUGAAUGUCACACCACGAUCAAGGAUAUAUUAAAGAAACAACUCAAGACACAAGACAGAAAAAUUUCAGCAACCAUCAAGCUUUGUCCUCACGAGCCCAAAUGUAUUCCAACAUUUACCAAUGGUUAUCAAAAGGAUGAAAGUGAAGAGGAAGAUGGUAAUCAACAACAAACUGUCAAAAGAAAACGUAUUCCCAAGGAAAAGGUAAAGUCAACAACAACAACAAACAAACAAGCUUUGAAAAAGACAAAGUAUCCUCAAGAUGAAGUAGAAGUGGUAAAGACAAGUUCAGGUCAGACCAUUAUCAACGUUACAAUGCACUCUCAAAAUGUUUUUAUUAUGGCAGACAAUGAUAACUUUGGUGGGGUUAUUAAUCGUUUAGUCUCUCAAGCCAGACCACCAACAAAUGGACAAUCUAUUUCAAACAAAUAA